UUAUACUGCUCACUUUACCCGGGGUUAACAAUUAAUCCUGGGUAUUCAUAACCUGAUGUUUCACAUUGUACAUUCGUAAUCCCUGGUUUAACAUUCUUAUUUGCAUAUUUGCGGUGUCAGUGUCAUUGAUUGGAUAAAGGCAGCACGCGACCUACAUAGCUCUAGCAUUGCGCAUCCUCGUAUUGCCGACUGUAGGCUACUAUAUAGAUUGUGGUUUAUAGGCUACUGAAUGGACAUUGGACUAUAAAGGAGUCAUGGGACAAAGCUUGCAGGAGCAGGAUGGCGUGUGCAAUGCUGAGGGAUGCUAUUCUAUUCAUCUCCAGCGCAAGACUUUCCGGGAGUCCUGGAGGACCUGCAAGGAUAAAGGGGGGAACCUGGCUACUAUGAAAGGACCAGAAGAAGCUUCUUUGAUUCAUGACCUCCUAUCGUCAGGGGUCAGGCGUGGCUCCCGACCCAGAAUCAGGCUGUGGAUUGGCCUUCAGCGUCAGCCUCGGCAGUGUUCGGCCACACGUCCUUUGAGGGGCUUUACCUGGAUCACUGGGGAUCAGGAAACACAGUAUACAAACUGGCAACGUGAUGACUUACCCAGUGCUUGUGCUGCUCAUCGUUGUGUGGUCAUUACCUACAACACGGCUGACAAAAGUGGCAAUGACCAGUACAACUUCAAAUGGCUCGAUGGGUCUUGUGCAGUGGCCGUGGAAGGAUUCCUCUGUCGUUACACCUACCAGGGGAUGUGCCCAGCUCUUCAAAAAGAAGGAGGGGGUCCUGCACUGUACACCACCCCAUUUGAACUGGCAAGUACUGCUCUUACUCACAUCCCUUUCGGUUCUGUGGCAACUCUUCCUUGUCCCGACAACGAGAAGGAAGACCAGUCGGUUCUGUGCAUGCUGAGGGAGGACGGGAGCAUUGGCUGGUCGAAGGAUGCACCGCUCUGCUUGAACACUCCAAGGGACUGGUGCGAACAGGACAAUGGAGGAUGCGAGCACUACUGCUUGAACUCGGAUACACAUUACUACUGUGAGUGCUCAGAGAAUUAUGUCCUGGCAGAAGAUGGAAAGACCUGCCAGCUCUCGGAUCCCUGCCACAAUGCCAACUGCGAGUUUGAGUGCGAGUCCACCCCUCAGGGUCACCGCUGCAAGUGCCCCGAUGGGUAUCUCCUGUCAGGUGAUGGUCAGAGCUGUCUUGAUAUAGAUGAGUGCUUGCAGAAACCAUGUCCGCAGGAAUGCAUCAAUGCACCUGGUACAUUUGAGUGUAGGUGCAACGAGGGCUACCUUCCGUCUGAGUUCGGAGAAUGUGUGGACAUAGACGAAUGCAUGGAAGGAAAGUGCGAUCAUUUGUGCGAGAACUCUCCUGGUUCCUACACGUGCCGCUGUCACGAGGGAUUCUCUCCACGUAGAGAAGAUCCAGAUCAAUGCGAAGAUAUUGAUGAGUGUAAUACCCCAGACAUUUGCGAACAGGUGUGCAGAAAUUAUGAAGGUGGAUUUGAGUGUCUUUGUGAGGAGGGUUACAUGUUACAAGAGGACAACUACUAUUGUCGGCCAGUCGAAGAGGAUGAACACACGACUGGCGAAUCAUCUGAUUCAACUCCCAGCUUGCCUGAACUGGUGACAGAUGCCAGCCCUCUGGAGUGGCUAACAGAUACCCCAAGCUUGGAGUGGCAUUCGACUUACCUGAGCUGGUUUACAGAGAAGACCCAGGAAGGAGAUGUAACUACACAGGAACCUGAUUUAAAUGAGCAUGCAUCCUCAAACUCACCUUCAUCUAACUUUUUGAUGGAUAUUACAACUUCAGCUUAUUCAAAUGAAGAGGAUGCACAUGAGGAAGAAAUAUCAAUAGCAACUGGUGAUACAGUAGAUGUAAGGACUUCAGGAGACAAAGGACCCUCAGUGACUUUGACAUCUGCGCCUAAGAGAAAAUGGGAUUUUGUCAUGCUUACUCCUGAAACAUCACAAAUUCCAGAAGAUACAUCAGGAACAGAACAGCGUCCAGGUGACAGGAAGAAACCCGACAAAAGCUGGCUGCUUGUGGCACUGUUGGUACCACUAUGUGUUUUUAUUGUGGUUAUGUUAGCAUUAGGCAUAGUUUAUUGCACAAGUUGUGCUGUAGAGCCACGGAGCAAAAGCGUGACAGACUGUUACCGCUGGACCACUGCGUCCAAGCCUGAAAAGUCAAGCACAGCAAAAUCUCGAGCUUGAGUAAUGUACAUUGUACAGUUAACAUGACUUUUUUUAUUAUUAUUAUUAUUAAAAAGCAGCAAUGACCCUGGACUUCGUCAAGCUGUUUUGGUGUGAUCACACUGUCACUUUGGUAUUCUGUAGGAUCCUGUGGGAUAUAAGAGCAAAAUAGUCACUUAGAUGCACAAUUUAACUUUCAGACAUUGUUUUAGACAAUGAAUAGGUUUUUAAAAAGCAUCAACAAUUCUUUCCUAAUGGAGUACAGGCAGCAGUAACCCCCAUGUAAGAGACAUUUUGUGGAAAGUGGAACAUGGCAAACAGAAUUUAGCAUGCAUCCCUUUUUCAUAUAAAACAAUAAAUGAGAAUUUUUAUAACACUUACAAGUGAAAAUAAAAAUAUAAACAAAUCUGCAGCUUAAAUGUGUUUGUUCCAGUCACAGUUUAUGCAACAGCGCCCCCAACAGUGAGGUAUGUAACUACAACUGUUUGUCCAGACUUUAGGUUGUUUUCAAUCAUUGUCAUUUACACACAAGAGAUUAAACAGAUCUGAGUGCAUCAGUUUAACUUUAUUUUAUCCUGCACAAGUUAUCUGACUAAUGACUAUAAAAGGAAAUGUCAAAGAAAAAUAGAGCAGACCAAUAAUAGUCAUGAAACUUAAACAGUUCAAGCACAAAACACACCUUUAGUAAAAUAGUAAAUUAAAGAAUAAAUUAUAAAGUAUGCUAACACGAUUUUUUUGUUGUUAUUAUUCCAUAACAGUAUAUAUCAAAUCCAUGAUAAACAAUUGUUUCAUCAACAAAUUCGUUUUUCACUGUAUCCCACUAUUCUCAUUUUGAAAGUGUUUAUCAAAAAAAGUUUUUUAGUAGUGUUAAAAUUAAUGUUCCUUGCUGUCACUAAUAAAAUUUCAUUAGCACUUUCAGCAUCCCAAUUUUAAUUCACGCCUGCUCUGGCAGUGAGAAUGACCGCUGGUUUGGCCGUUUUGUGUUGUACAGGCACAAUCACACCAGUAGCGGUCACUGUAUGACAUUUGAGUUAUUGUCUUCUACAAACUAACACGAUUUUAAUAAAGCUGAACUUGCACUA